AUGGAAAGUGAAAGGGAAAGUGGUAUGAAGAAAAAAAUCAAACUGAAAGUAGUGAAAUUUGUCAAAUCAUCGGAAAUCACCACAGUACCAGAAAAUUGGUUAAAAGAACAAGAUGAAGAUGCAGAAGAGAGUGAACAAAUUGUUAAAUGCUCGUGGCCAAACAAGAAAAGCGAGUAUGAAAUACAGGCGAUGAUAGAGAAAAGGUCAGCAAGCAAGAAUUCAUGGCCUACGUACUGUGUGGAAAUUCUUGGAACUGCCGACACAUUGCUAGAAGCUAAAGCCAAAGAAAAAAUAGCUUCUUCGGAUGAAAACUGCACUGAUAUUGACGCAAAGUACGAUCGUCAAAUGAAGGAAGCGCAAGAAAGGUUGACAUUGAAGUCCAAGAGGAAUCGAAAACGAAAGAAGCACGACGAUUACGUAUACGAUGCUGAAGUUGAUUCGUCCGAUUCUGAAUCAGACGAAUCAAGUGACCGUACCGGCGAAAAUGAUGGAUCAAACGUGCCUGAGGAGACGCCGCCCCGCGUGCCGCAAGACCAAAUCUUUAAACCUCAGGCAAGCUUUGCAACUAACAAUGAAUCGAUGGAGGAUGGCGACUCGAUGAAUGAAGAUGAUCUCUUGCACAAGAAGAAAGAUGAAUUUGAUAACAUACAGGACAACGCUGUUGGUGAUGGUACCAUUGCGCUUGAAGAGGAAAAUAUGGAUGAAAUUACCAAUGUUCUGGCUGAGACUCAAGAUUCACCCAAAGGACCACUUGAAACACUUGAAAAUGAAGAAGCUUUUCAUACAUCUCAAGCACCAUCGGGUCAACAAAAAUCUACAAGUAACGAGGAUUUAUCCAAAAGUGAAAGUACCACUGAAGGCAAACCUUAGAACAUUGUUCAAUUGUUGAAGUGGCGCGAUCUAACGGUGGUUCCAUCCAUCUGGGUAUCCAAAGAUAAAACGACUACCCGUUGGCCUCCCGAUGAAUCAAAAAAUCUUGUACGCAAUUACAUUGUUCAACGUGUAAAACCUUGUGACGACUGGAGAACCAUAAGUAUCAAGCAAUUCAUCGAUUCUGCAGAAACAUAUGCCUUGGCAUGCGAGUUUAUUGACAAGAAAGAAAAAGAUCUUGAAAAAGAUAAGAACUCACUAAGGAUUUCAAGUGAUAUUCACAUGGCCAACUCAACAGUAAAGGAGGACUUUUCGCCGAAAGAUUUUUUAAACAUAGACGAAAACGAUCUCAAUGCUAUGAAUUCAGACGAGAUGUUUAAGUGUACUUUGCGUAAGUUUUAUGUUCCAAUUUUAUAUAUAUUGAUUACUAUAGACGAGGUGUACUUUUCACUCGUCAGAGUGUCUUGGUGUCUUGAUUUAUAAUUUAUAAACAAUAACGAAAAAUUAUAUGCUUGCAGUUGGUGUCCAAGAGGUUUGUCGUAAUCAUCAUCGUAUUUCGGAGGAUUUAAAAUUUCAAGCAAUUGCAGGAAAUAAUUCUGCACUUGCAUAUACAUCUUCUCCGGCGUCUUCAGCCUACAAACUAGAUAAAGUUAGAGAAGAUUUUCCAGCCACAUCUUUGAGACACUUCAAAGAAAAUGAAACCAAAUUAGAGAAUGAAGCAUACGCUGCCGCAGUUGUAAGUCUUUCAACGUAUUUUCACUUAAAGUAAUAUUGAAGUAUACUUCAAUUUUUAAGUGAAUACAUUUUUAUCUUAUAUUUCUAGACCGAAUUUUUGCGCGAUCUUGGCGGACCUACCGGGCAUAGGCGUGUUCACACCAUGCUCAGUCGAACUGUGAGUGACAAAGUUGGCUCUUACUUUACAUUUCUCGGCAUGAGCAACACGAAAAUUAAUUUUU